UAACUUAUUGCGCCACGCGAAUUCUCAACUCCUCCGAUACAGAGAUCGACCUCCUCCUGCAAGAAACAGCUAGGUAGAGGAGGAAGGAGGAGGGAGUUCGAUCAGGAACAGGAAGCAGCCGGCAGCUAUGGCGGUGGGCAGGAGUAGGAGGACGGGGCUCGCUCUACCGGUGCUCGCGGCGGCGGCGGUGCUGGUGCUCGUGGCGGCGGCGACCGGCGCGGAGGCGCGGCCCUUGGGCGUCGGCGGCGACGGGUGGGCGGCCGCGGGAGCCGGGCCGCUGCCGGGCGGCGGCGUGUUCGUCGUCGAGACGCUCCGGCGGCUCUACCUGCAGCAGCUCGGAGGCCCGGGGUCGUCGUGCGAGACCAACAGCCCCAACAACGGAUGCCCUCCGUAGGACCGUACCGUGGCCGACGACGGCGGCGGCGCACGCAUCUGAUGGGUCGGCCGCCAUGCGCCCGCGCGCGUGCUCAUCUCGCUUCGCAAGAUCGGAUGGUGAUGAACCUCUCGCCGCGUGCCGAUCGGGCUUGUGCGUGGAGGAUUGUCGUGGCCAGAGAUAGACGCGCGCGAUCGAUGGACAAGGAGGCAUGCAUGGAGAUCGAUGGAGCUCUCGACGAUGGCUAGCUCAAUCCAAUGGUUGAUUCGUUGAUUGAUUGAUUGGUUUUUUUGAUACUAGCUAGCUUUUUUUGCCCAAAUGGCCACGCGUAUGUUUUGAGUACGACGGACGGUUGGUGCCAAUUUGUACAUAAAACAUAUACAUGCAUGCUUGAAUAAUAUAUAUGCAAGUAGAAAUGUAAAUUUGUUGCUUUUUCUUAAUGAAUAACAUGAGAUGGUUUUGCUUCUU